AUGGUUCGCUUUGUGACACCUUUGAUCCUGGCCUCGCUGUCAGUGGCCGCUCUUGCUGCACAAACUUGCAACAACAGCAAACAGUGCAAGGAUGAGAAAUACCCCUGCUGCUCCCAAUAUGGAGAGUGCGGUACUGGUGCCUUCUGCCUAGGUGGUUGCGACCCUCUCGCCUCCUUCUCUCUCGAUUCCUGCGCCCCUAUGCCCGUCUGUAAGAGCAAGACUUACACCUGGGACAACCUCGACAAUGCCGCCACCCAGGACAAAUACCUCGGUAACUCCACUGCUGCCGACUGGACCUACAGUGGAAAGCUCAAGACCGAGGAUGGCAAUCUGAUCAUGACCAUGCCCCCCAAGAGUGGCGGUUCCCUCGUUGCCAACAACCACUACAUCUGGUACGGCAAGAUUUCCGGCAAAUUCAAGAGCUCCCGCGGCAAGGGUGUCGUGACUGCUUUCAUUCUUCUGUCUGAUGUCAAGGAUGAGAUCGACUACGAGUGGGUCGGUGCUGAUCUGACCUCCGUGCAAACCAACUACUACUGGCAGGGUGUUCUGGACUGGCAAAACGGUGGCAAUAUCAGCGUGGAAGGUGGAGACACCUACAAUGACUGGCACACCUACGAGAUCGACUGGACUCCUGAGAAGGUUGACUGGGUCGUCGACGGUACCGUGCACCGCACCCUGAAGAAGUCCGAUACCUACAAUGCGACCUCCAAGAAGUACGAGUUCCCCCAGACACCCUCCCGCCUUCAGAUGUCGCUCUGGCCCGCCGGCCAGCCCAGCAACGCCCAGGGUACCAUCGACUGGGCCGGUGGUGUGAUCGACUGGAACAGCGAGGAUAUCCAGAACGCCGGUUACGACUUUGCCACCGUCGGUGAGGUCAGCGUGGAGUGCUACGAUCCUCCUUCCGAUGCCACCAAGAAGGGCAACAACGCCUACAUCUUCACCAACUCCGCUGCUAUGGAAGCCGACGUCGCCAUCACCAACAACAACACCGUUAUGGGCUCCCUCGGCGCCACCGGUCUCGACAUGGAUCUCGGUGCUGACAAGCCAAGCUCUUCCGCCUCCAAGGGUUCUUCGACCACCUCUGUUGCCAACAGCAUCCCCACCGGAGCCACCGUUGGCUCCGGCGGCAUGGCCACCAAUGAUGAUUCUGGCUCCAGUUCCGGCUCCAGCUCCAGCUCCAGCUCCGGCUCCGGCUCUGACUCCAGCUCUGGCACUUCAACCACCGGUGACUCGGAAACUUCCACUUCCUCGGGCUUCACCCAGGGAACCACUACCCAGGACAGCGGUGCGGCCGGCCAGAACGAGCGUGUUCUCCGUGGAUCCCUCUUCGGAGUCCUGGUGGCUCUUGUUGUCCUCGUGACGCUAUAA